AUGUGGAGCAGCAACAACAACAACAAUAAUAAUAGUAAUAAUAACAAUAAUGUUCCCGCUGAUACUGCGGUAACACUCUACUUUGUUGUCUUUCCAUGCAACUCUGCCCCAAUAUUCCACUCCAACCGCAUUCCACGACGAGAUGAUACACCACCGUAUACACCAGGCGAUGUGAUCUACUUGGGGCCCGCAGAAGAAGUGGCACAGGAGAAACUGCAGGGAUUGGCGUUCCCGCUCGGUCUUCCCUCGAAGAGUGCCGUAACGCAGCGUGGACCACUUUGGAGUUCCAACGUGGAGUUUGUACGCAAAAUGGGGGAUGUGCGGUACGUACGUCUUAUGAUUGCAUCUACUUUUGUGGUUUCAGUUGCCUCUGAGACAGAGAAGAUGCGUACAAUGCAUACAAAGCACGCCGCCGUGGCACUUGUUAUUACUUGUCCACCGGAUAAACCGUACUAUCAACUUUUACUGGAUAACUUUGAUGGUAUAAUGAGACAACUUUUACAUAUUUCCCUUGAAUUUGCAAUGGGUGCAACACAACAAUUUUUUUUUAGACUCUCACGCACAUUGACCGCCGUGCGACUGGCAUCAGAAAUGGAAAGACAGGAUUACGCAUUGCGUACAUACCAAACGUUGGCAUCCGUACUAGUGAAUGCUUUCACACAUAAGUUUUCUAUACCGCGAAUACAUAGUCGAGCGGGUGAAUUAAACGUUGAUAGUAAGUACGUUUCUUCUUCUUCUUCUUCGAAUAUACCACAGGUUGCUAAAGUUUCAGUGGUUUGCUUAGUGCACGAAGCGUUAUAUUAUUUACGUCGUUUUAAUGAAGAGUUUACUAGUGCUGUAUUAGCAGGAUUAUUGUCACUUUCGAAUUGGGAAAGUUAUGGACUUAUUUCGCAUCCACGCAGGUAUGGAGAUGAGCAACAUAACCAGCAGCAUCAAGACUUUGCUGCUGCUGCUGAUGAUGAUGAUGAUGAUGAAAAUGAUAGUAAUUACAAUAAUGAUGAUAUCUAUAGCGAUUACUGGAAAAUUAUGGAGGCGAGGGAAAAAUAUACCCUGACAUCGCCUGAACAAAGACUUUCUAGCGACAAAAGCAGUAGUAGCAGCAGCAGUAAGAGUAACAGUAAUGACGCUGCUCCAAAAAAUGACUGGAGUGAAGAUGUGAAGUUCACAGAGACAUCUUCUGCUGUCUCUGCAGGAAAUGAUAGUCGAAGAACAAGUGAUGUUAUGGGAGUUGCAGGCGCUGCAGGAACCAGAACGACUUGCUCACUUAGCUUAAAUCGUAAAGGGCGUGUAAUUAUAUUCUCUACAGACCCUAAACAAGCACGAUAUUUACUUAUUAUAGCAGCCUUUUUCUUUCGUGACAGUCCUAUUGCAGCACGAUCGACAGGUCAUUCCGUUAAUCCAAUUCCUUUUGCAGCAAAAGUUGAUUCUUGUGCCUAUUCAUCUUUACCGGUUCAGUGGGUGGCUCAGGAGUAUGAUCCACACAGAGUGAAAGAACUUCUCUGUUCACCGCAUUCCGUUGAGAAUACUGUAUUAAUUAUUGCCCCACGCGCGAUGGUGUGUCGCAGAUUACGUCUCGUAAAGACGUUUAGUACGAACCCUAUUUUAGUGGAAAGGUUCCGUGAGCGUUUUCAACCUGUACGUCCUUUUCAAUCCCAGUUGGUUAAUGAUGAGGAGAUGCGGUCAGAUAACACAGUGCGUGCCGCACUAAAGGAGGCACUAUUUCUACACGAAAAGACGGAUGGUGUAGUAAAUUGCGUUGAAUUUCUUGAAUAUUUUAUUAUAUGGAUUCUACGACGAAGUUGUACCUCUCAUCGACUUCAACAACUUCAAGAAGGUGAGACAAAGUCGUUCGUUUCUUGCGAUUUGCUCACUACCAAUAACCCUCAUGCCUUGAGUUUUUCACUCGGCAGUUUCGGUUCAAUUGGAUCCGUUUCUUCUUUACUACGGCCAGAUGCUGAGGGUGGUUUUUUUCGUUUUAGUCGCUUUUUCAACCACAAAAAAUCGUCUACGACUAGAGUUUCUGGUGGUAAUGCUUCUCCAGCAAAUGGUCAUUCCCGUGCGUAUGCAGUUGGAUUCACCGAUAUGGAUUUGGAGGAUACAACGGUAGGAUCACAGCUGAUGCGUUUGCUUACAGAGUAUUAUGAAGAGGCCCCAUUAGUCUCUCUGAGAUCUGGUAAGGGAUAUGUGAAUCGGAUUGAGGGAUAA